CCUCCAGGACCCUCCAGGACCCCCAGGAUCUUCCAGGACCCUCCAGGACCCUCCAGGAAUCCUCUACAGGAACAUGGACCCCAAGCGUCUGUCCUCCAGCUCUCAGCAGCAAGUUCGCCUCAGGAAAAAGAGGACAAAGAGAGAAUGGAGACCGCUGGAGGACCGGAGCUGCACGGACCUGCCCUGGUUCCUGCUCUUCACCGUCUUCUGCGUCGGCAUGGGCAGCAUCUGCGGCUUCACCAUCGUCACCGGCGGCGCCGCUCGCCUCGUCUUUGGAUAUGACAGCUACGGCAACACCUGCGGUCAACGCAACGAACAGAUCGAAGGCGUCAGGCUCAGUGGCCUCGACCACACCGACAGGAAGUUUGUCUUCUUCCUGGAUCCCUGUAACAUCGACAUCGUUCAGAGGAAAAUCAAGUCCAUGGCUCUUUGUGUGUCUCUGUGUCCCACCGAGGAGCUGAAGACCUACCAGGACCUGAAGAGGUUCGCCAUGCUCAACGGCUCUGAGCUGUGUUCCUACGAGUUGGCAGGUCAUAAAUAUCCAGGUCUACCUGAGAGGUUCUCCAAGUGUCCCAAACUUCCUGUCCCACCCAGUAAGCCGUUGCCGGUGUUUAACCGCUGCACUCCGGUGGAUGUUUCCUGUUAUGCGAAGUUUGCCGAGGCCGUGGUGACGUUCGUGGGCGACAACAGCGUCCUGCACCGACUGAUCGCCGGCGUCGCCGCCAGUAAAGAGAUCAUCGUGGGGCUGUGUGUGCUCGCUCUGGUCCUCUCCAUGAUCCUCAUGGUGAUCAUUCGGUACAUCUCCGCCGUCCUCGUCUGGAUCCUCACCUCGCUGGUCGUCCUCGGAUCCCUGGCGGGGACCAGCGUCCUCUGGUGGCUCUACAUCGACCACCGGCUCUACGGGAACGACACCUCCUCUAAGGUGGCGAAGGAGGUGAAGGAGGAAGUGGACGUCAGCAGAGACAGCGGACAGGCGCUGCUCGUCUACGCCGUCGCCGCCACCGUCUUCACCAUCAUCCUGCUGCUGCUGAUGCUGUUCAUGAGGAAGCGAGUGGCUCUGACCAUCGCUCUGUUCCACGUGGCGGGAAAAGUCUUCAUCCACCUCCCCCUCCUCACCCUGCAGCCCUUCGUCACCUUCCUCGCCCUCCUGCUCUUCUGGAUCUACUGGAUCCUGGUCCUGCUCUUCCUGGGAACCACUGGAAACCCGGUCCAGAAUGAGGAGACGGGACUGACGGAGUUCAGACUGACGGGUCCUCUUCAGUACCUGACCUGGUACCACGCUGUGGGUCUGGUCUGGAUCAGUGAGUUUAUCCUGGCCUGUCAGCAGAUGACUGUGGCCGGAGCCGUGGUCACAUACUACUUCACCAGGGACAAGAACCGGCUCCCGGUGACCCCGAUCCUGUCCUCAGUCCUGAGGCUGGUCCGGUAUCACCUGGGCACCGUCGCUAAAGGAUCCUUCAUCAUCACUCUGGUCAAGAUCCCCAGACUCAUCCUCAUGUACGUCCACAACCAGCUCAAAGGAAAGGAGAACGCGUGUGCUCGCUGUCUGCUGAAAACUUGUAUCUGCUGUCUGUGGUGUUUGGAGAAGUGCCUCAACUAUCUCAAUCAGAAUGCAUAUGCAGCCACAGCCAUCAACAGCACCAGUUUCUGCACGUCUGCGCGCGACGCCUUCGUGAUCCUGGUGGAAAAUGCUCUGCGCGUCGCCACAAUCAACGCCAUCGGAGACUUCGUGCUCUUCCUGGGGAAGAUCCUGAUCGUGACGACGACGGCGUUCGCCGGCGUCCUCCUCCUGAACUACCAGCGGGACUACGCCGAGUGGCUGCUGCCGCUCAUCAUCGUGUGUCUCUUCUCCUUCCUGGUGGCUCACUGCUUCCUGUCCAUCUUUGAGAUCGUGGUGGACGUCCUCUUCCUCUGCUUCGCCAUCGACACCAAGUACAACGACGGCACUCCGGGGAAGGAGUUCUUCAUGGACAAAGCUCUGAUGGAGUUCGUCGAGAGCAGCCGGCGGUUGGAGCGAGCAGUGGAGCGUGGGCGGAGCCGGGUGAAGGAAGCGGUUUCGGAGGGGGCGGAGAUGAAGCCCAUGGUGAGUGACAGCGGCGGAGGGGGCGUGGACGGAGAGGAGUGGGAGGACCUUCAGGAAUUCCAGGUGUACUACCUGCUGGUGGGGGUGCUGGUGGACUGGGUGCUGACGGAGCAGAGCGGCUUCGUCCUCUGUCUCAGCGAAGACGUCGUCCUCUUCCUCUGUGUCUACCUGCCCACCUCCACCCUCUUCCUGUUCGUCAGCCUGCUGCACACGCCAAGCUCCGCCCCCUCUGCCAACACCACCAAAUCAGCCGCCGUCACCGCCGUGUGCUAACACAUGCUAACUGAUGCAUGCUAACAGACACUGUCCAUGCUGAAUGGAUAAACACUGAUGCAUGCUAACUCAUCAUCAUCAUCAUCAUCAUCACCAUCAUCAUCAUCAUCAUCAUACUUUCUGUUUGUAAUUUAUUUUUUACUUUUGUAUCUUUAUACUUUUACAGUUUUUACUGUGUGUGUGAGUGUGUGUGUGUGUGUGUGUGUGAGAGAGUGUGUGAGAGUGUGUGUGAGUGUGUGUGAGAGUGAAUGUGUGUGUGUGUGUGAGUCUGAAUCUGUGUGUGUGGGUGUGUGUGUGUGUGUGAGAGAGUGUGUGAGAGUGUUUGUGUGUGUGUGUGUGUGAGUCUGAAUCUGUGUGUGUGGGUGUGUGUGUAUGUGUGAGAGAGUGUGUUAGAGUGUGUGAGUGUUUGUGUGUGUGUGUGUGAGUAUGUGUGAGAGAGUGUGUGUGUGUGUGUGUGUGUGUGUGUGUGUGUGUGUGUGUGUGUGUUGGGCCUUAUUUUCUCACUGUGGUGCUUUGAGGAGAUGGAGGACUCAGCAGGAUCAGGUGGUCCAGCAGAGGGCGCUCUGUUUGCUCACCUGUUGAUCCUUCAGUAAACUCAGCUGAUCAGUAUCGAUCAGUAUUGAUCAGUAUCGAUCAGAUAAUCAGAGCGUAGAAUGGAGAUAAGAGACCAACAAGCAUCAGCUGCCUUACUUCCUGUUGGUUUCUAUGGUGACACUAAGUGGUUGCUAAAUCACCUACCUCCUCUUCCUCCUCCUCUGGUCAGACCUGGGGUCAGAGGUCAGAGGUCAGAUUCUGAAGAUGAAGUUUUUGAGGAGAGAGUUUCUGCUGAGUCUGAGCUUCUCCACCAGGAUGUUUAAUCUCCUCCAGACCUGAGAUCCAGUCCCGAGUCAGAGUCCUGGUUCUGGACCUUCACGGUUUGACACCUUAAAGUUAACAAGACGAAUCAAACAACAUGUGAGAAUCAUGAUUUUGUAAUUGAUGAGAGUCUGAGCCUCAGGUCUGGAUCCUCUGGAUCCUCUGGAUCCUCUGAUGUAGAUUUAGUUCCAGUGAACUGGAGAAUAAAAGUGAAGAAAACAGUGGAGAGUGUUUCUGGUCUAAAUCCUCUGAGGGGGGGCCGAAGUCUAAAUCCUGAUCCCUCAGGACAGAAUCGGGUCUGACAUCAGAGUCAGAGACCCUGUUGUGUCUCUUCAGUCUUUCUCCUCUAUAUUAGAGGUCAGAGGUCAGGGGCCGUGGUUUUGGACCCGUAACCUCAGUGUCUCUAACAUCCUGCGUUCGUCCUGCUUGCUGCUUUUAAACACCUGACUACCCAUGAUACUCUUCUUCUCACCCUCCAUCACAACAACAAACCGCCUGUCAUCUUCCAUCAUGUGUGAUCGCCAUGACGACCUGUCAACCUUGGUUUUCUGUUUCAGGCUCCGGGGACGAGUUCAGCUUGACCAAAAUCAGCCAAUGGGACUUCUUAAAAAAAAAAAAAAAAGAGACAUUCCAAAUGUUUAUUUUUACCAACGUGUAACAUGUUUACUAUGGUUUCACUCCAGGGAAAACGAUAUUUUAAUAAGAAACUGUAAAAACGUAACAAUGUAAUGAAGCACUUUAUAUUGAAGCGCUGCAGAUUUUAAACCGGCUGAUGCAUCUUUUCGUAGUGAUGUCGUUUUUUAUAACUGAACUCAUCGCUCACUCUUCAGUUCUAACUUCAGCCAAGACACUUUUCUGUUGUCAUGGAGACGACCUGCGGCUCACUGACACACCCGGACUCGCCCGGACUCCGCGUUGGAUCUCGGUCAGCAGAGGGGGCGGAGUCUGUGCACAGAUGGAACAGCAGCCAUACAGCUCCACGUCUGGUUGGUGGAUGAGAUUGGAGGUCAGAGGUCAGCUGACCAGGUUUUGAUCGCACUGCGGGCACGUCGAUCAAUACCUCUGAUUGAUUGAUCAACAGGUAAAGGAUCCAUCAGCUGUUUCAUCCAGACCCAGGUCACAGUCAGAGGUACAAGAAGUACAAUAAUACCAGAGUACAAGUAUAAUAAUACCACAGAGGAGAAGUACUCAAGUUAAAGUACUGCAUUUAAACUGGACUUCACAGCUACAGCUGAUUGGAUCAUUUCAGAAUGAAGUUUUUCUAGCAGGAUGAUAUUUGAUAGUACACACAAGAACCGUUUGUCCACUUGUAGACACACACACACACACACACACACACACACACACACACACACACACAUGCAGAUUGAUUGGUGUAAUUUGGUGCUAAAGUUAAACAAUAAAACUCUGAUUGGCCUCCGACCACAAACAGCAGCAGCAGCUGAAAACAGUUUUAUAACUGAAUAUCUCAGAAACGUGCAGUAAAAGAGACAUGAAGCAACAGAUUCAUUCAUCAUCAUCAUCAUCAUCAUCAUGAGAACAUGUUGUCUAACGAACUGCUAAAGAUAAUAACAACACAACAUAAAGACCAAACCAAGUAUCAGAAAACCACAUGAGACGAUUUCAAGUUCAUUCUGCGUCUGAACGUUAACGUCAAACUCCACACCAGUAUCAGGGUGGAUGUUUUUGAUAAUGAAGGCAACAUCAAAGCACCAACCUCCUCCUUUAUCUCCUUUAUCUCCUUUAUCUCCUUUAUCUCCUCUUUCAUCUAGACUCGUAAUGUUAGUGAGUGGAUGCAGAUAAAAACAAAACAAAGUCUCUUGUUAUUGUAAGUAAAUCAGUGUAGUAGUAUUGGAUUAUAAUUCACGUGUUCAUCACUUUAAUGUUGCAGCUGGUGAAGGAGGAAAUAAUCUUAACGACACACAGCUGCAGUUUCACCUUUGAACAUUUUGUUUAGUUUAUCACCUGACUGAGGUCACAGCAGCGUCUCCCUGACACGAGGAGAAGAAGUAGUAACAGGAAAUAAAAGUAAAACAUUAAACAUCAGCAGAUCAGUCGCCAUAGAAACAAGAUCUGAAUCUGAAAUUGAAUUGGUCGUAAUAAUAAUAAUAAUAAUAAUAAUAAAACCUUAUUUACAGCACUUUUCAACACAAGUAAGAAAAAGCUUCACACCCGACAUGUAGGGAGGGAUCCAAACCUGGUCGCAAAAGUGAUUAAAUUGAUUUAAAAUCAAUAAUAAAAUAAACAGGAAGUCAGUGUUUAGACGCUGUGAACGUGAUGCCUAGACUGAGCCGACAGCUGAUGGAACCUGGUGGAUGUUGCUCGUGCUGCUCGCAGUGCGACGCCUCAGCCUCCAUCAGAGGUCAUUAACCUCCCGUCCACACGGGGGCAGCAGAGUCACAGUGAUGACGGAGAACAUUAUGGAGGAGGGGUCAUGUCAGCUGACCUGUGAUGAAGAUGAUUGACAGUCAGAUUGUUUUUCGUCUCCACAAAACCGUCACCUGGAUCUGAACUUCCUGUUCCUGGACCUCCAUCACUUCACCGUCCAAAACCUCCACAACAGAGUCCGAGCUGUUUCCCCUGAAGAUCCAGAGGAGAAGAAGAAGAAGAAGAAGAAAGUGGGAUGUGUGUGGGCGGAGCUUCCUGUGGAGGUGACGGCUCAGCAAUAAAACAAACUGCAUCAUGUGACCACGUCAGCAUCAACAACAAGUCUUCCUGCUUCUGUUUGUUCACCGCGGUCCAGGUCCGACAUGUCUCACUGUCCAGCAGGCGGCUGACAGGGAAGGACUGAGAGGUGCAGCUGAGAGCUCAGAGAGAAGCCAGUAAGUGGACCUUUGAGUGGUUCUGUCACCUCAGACCAGACGAGAUGAAGGAGUCAGCUGCUCGUCUGUUGCCCAACAUGUUGCCUUGUUGCCCCGCAGGUUGAGUUGUGUCAGGCUGAAUCCAAACGUCCGUGUCUGCUGAGGGUAAACGGAGCUCAGCGGUUGGAUGUGAUUCCUCAGUCGGCCAUUUUUUUAUUUUGAAAAAAGUAAUUAAUUUACUAAUUCACCCAGAAUUCAUUGUAUUUUUAGAUAGUCAAGAACUAAACCGCUUUGUGCAACAGAUGAAUUCAGACUCAGUUUAUCUGUUAAAUCUAAGCCACAGUCAAAGUCCUCUCUGUCAUGUGACCAGCUUCAUGUGUUCACAGAUUAAAUACAGGAAGUAUAAAAUAUUAUAACCAGGAAGUGGAGAAAAUGAAUCUACAGAGUUUCAUGAUGACGUGAGCUCCUCCUCUGUCCAGAGUUUUAUUUCAGAGCAGCUGUAGUUGAUCAGUUUCUUCCAGCAGCUGAUUUUUGUCUGUAUAAUGUACAUCAGUGAAGCUGAGCAAUUUAUUUUAAAACAUUUAAAAACAUUAUUUCUGUUUUUAUUUAUUUUAAAAUUACAUCUCUUCAGUAAAGUAAUAAUUUCUGUUUUGCAACUGAUUUGUCGGGACACUCGCAGUACCUUCGCCGCCCAGCAGUGGGCCCCGGACCACAGGUUGGGAACCACUGCUGUGGAUCGACACAACAGAUAGAAGAGAGGAUGGAUGUUAAAUAUAAUAUAUAUAUAUACAUAUAUAUGCACCAUCUUCACUUCCAGGAUAUUCACAGUGUUAGUGAGGAGCCAUGAUGAUGAGGAGGAUGAACCUUCCUCAUCAUCACGUUCUUCAUCGUCGAGCUCUGGAUCUGUUCAUGACUUCCUCUUCUUCUUCUUCUGUGGUUUAAUGGCAGCGAUGGGAGAAUCAGCUGUUUAUCUCCGUCAACACUCAGCAUCAGGAGAAAACUAGACUUGACUCAGGUUUCUGGAUCCGGGUUCAGGCUCUGGUUCUGGUUCUGGUUCUGGUUCUGGUCUCGGACGUUUGGAUUCAGCCUCAGUCUGAUGAACUGCGCCGAGUCAGACGUCAACCAGCUGACGAGUCUGUGUUAAAGUUUUCUUUGCUGAUGUAACGGCUGCAGCUGAUUGGCUCAGCCCAGCGAUGUUUGUGUGACGUUUUCAGGCUGCGACUGUUUCCCAUCAUCCACCUCUGUCAUCCAGACUCCUCCUCCACCUCGGAGGAGAAACAGACGGGUUGAGACAGCUGAUCGGAGAGCUGUUCCAGUCACACGAGUCACGUUGUCUUGGUAACACCUGUUGAUGUAGUUGACCUCUGACCUCACAGUGAGCGUCUCCAUAUACAGAGCAUGUGUGUUAUAAACCUGUUGAUACAGUGAGUCACAGGGCGUGAUGCUCCGAGCAUGUUAACUAAUUGCACUAAAGAUGGAGUUCAUUCAACACUGACGUCAGUUUAAAGUAGCUGUAAAGUAUUUUAGAUGAAGUGUUUGUAGCUCAGAUAUUAACACACACACACACGCACACACACACGCACGCACACACAUUUACUCACGUUCAAACGUCCCGAAAAAGAAAAAAUUUCAAUCAGUAGAAAUCAUUAAAUCUGCUUCUCAGACUCAUUUCUAAACAUUUAGUUUGGAUCAUGUGACCCUGUCGCCGGGCAGAUUUAACCUGCUGACUGACAGGAGCUGAAGCUUCGUUCACAGAAAUAAAACAAAGAAAAAUAUUUUCAUUCUUAUUCAAUUAAAAAUGUUCAUCUCAGUUUCUCAGUCGUCUUCAAACAAGCACAAAUAUCUGCAGCUGCUACAGGUUUUUGUUUUCUUUUACAGCCACUGGAAUUAAUUGGAAGUUCACCAAUUUUAUAUUCACUAAUAAUUACUAAAACACAUGGUUCUUUCUCCAGGACACUUCUUUGAAAUUAUUAGGAAAUAAAUCAAGCAAAAAAUUAAUUACUUUAAUUACUCAAACAGUUAAUCAGGUAUGAAAAUAAAAUGUUUGUCGAUUGAUUAACAGUUAAUCAAUUAAUCGUUUUAGGUGUAGAAUCAAAUGUUUGUUAGACUCAAGGAUUGUUUCAGCAGCUGUUCAUAAACUUGAUGUUCUUGCUAGGUUCUUAGUAACUAGUUAAUGUUAAAUAAACUAGUGAGUCACUAAUAAAAUACACCAAUUAAAUGUUUUAGAGUAAGAAACAUCUUUGGAACCGUUAGCUUUAGCAUCCUGAGCUAAAACGUGACUACACCUUUACAGAGGGGAAUAUUAAAGUGACAGAAGCUCAGGUGUAAACGUACGUUUGACUUUAUAUUAUUCACAUUAUUAUUAGACGUAUUCUUACAGCUUAGAAUGAUGGGAAAUAUCUGAUUAAGUUAACGUAAGCUAACUGAACCAGUACUAUUCAGUCAUUUAGCCUAGCUAAUGUCAUUAGCAUGUUUUAUAAUUAGACAUAUACAGUGUUAUUUUUAUGAAAUGUAUCUAAAUCAAUAUGAUUUACAUCAUUAGCAUUUUGAUGAAGAACCAUGUUUCCUCAUUUAAUCAAAUGUUAGCGAUCAAACGUUAGCUCCGUAUGCUAGCUCAGCUAUGCUACAUAGGAACUAGUUUAGAGCUAGUAUUAGUGAUAAUUAAACUGUGGUUCGUUAACACUGAGGUGAGGAGGAUCAGUUCAUCAACAGCUGCUGCAGGGGUUUUUUUUAUCUGAUCUGAUCUCUAAUUACAGAAAAAAUAUCAACAUAACAGAAUAUUUAAUCUUCAUUCAUUGAUUAUUAGAAACUGCAUUCUUCAUUUCUACUGAUUAUGUUAUAGACUCAGCUCAGCUUCCUGUGAGGGAAGGUCAAAGGUUAUGUUAGCUUAGCUUUUAGAAAGAACUGGACAUUACCAACUGAUCGGUUUUAUUAGAGAUACAAGAAACGAUUUGUAAAUAAAUUGGAAUUCAAAGUGUUAACAACAGAUUUUUACAGAAAAGUUCAUUUCACUGUAAAAAUGUCAACACUGUUUAUAUCCACAGUGAUUUUUAUCUGCGCUCAACAUGUGGUCACAGUGACAAAGAUCCUUUAAUAAUCACAUGGUGAUUAAACCAGGAACUUCUCACCCAGUUUUUGUUUCAUAAAAAAGAAGAAAAAAAAAGCUACUUCAAAAAAAAAAGGAAAAAUGUAUGAAAUAUUUAGUUCACAUCAGAAAACAGAAAUGUUUCAGUCGUAUCUGAUGGUAUCAGGAGUAACAACUUUUUAUUUUAUCUUUAUUAUUUUCUUUAUUGUAGUUUAUUGUUGACGUUCUGGUUCAUUGAGAUGAACUUAAUUAAAUUUAUUUACUCCUCAUGCUUGAGAAACUUUUACAUCACACACCUGAUGAGAAAAUAUUGUUUAUAUUGUGUAAGAAAUAUGAACCAAUAAAACUCCAGCAGGUGAUUUGACCUCAGACACCUGCUGAUGAUUUGUUCUGAAUGACAGGUUUAUAUUUAUUAACGUAUGUUGAGACUGUUGGAAUGAAACUUCAGCUCGUCUGUCAACUGCUGACCAAUAAUCUGCUUCAUUCAUCAAAUCAAACCAAUCAGCAUGCAGAGGAGAAGCUCCGCCUGCUGAAUGUGGACAGGUGAGCCGUGGGUUAGGGACGCUCCAAUCAAAGUGUGACGUGUGUCUGGUUUUUAAUUUGUGUUCAAAUUAAUUCAAACAACUUAAAUGUCAGAAAUUUAAACUUCACAUUAACAACUCGGAUUUCCUUCACAGCUGAUCCUCGAGAGCCAAUAGAAAUUCAGUAUUCUGUUUUGAUGUUUUGUUACGGCUGUGUGCUAUAACAAAGAUUUUUAUAUGUUUUUAUAUUAACAUUAACACAGGUUAGCUCGUCACUCAGAGAGGCAGUGAAGGCAUCUACAUCAACUCUACUAAAUAACGUUAGCUUAGCAUUAGCCUGUGGUUUUGUUUGUUCAAACUGAAUCUUCUGGACAAAUGUUUUAACAAAUCUGAACAAACAUCAAUCGAUUGGAGUGUCCUUAAUUCUGCAUUCACUCGUCAUAUUUCUAAUUAUACUUUUUGGUCGUCGUGGUAACGGCCACCUUCAACCUGAGAACUGUUGUGCAGCUUCCCUCAGCCCUGAUCGCGGCGGAUGAAGGGCCGACGUUGUAGAGAAGCUGAUCCGGAACCAGUUUGCAUGUCCAUGUUUUUCUGCUCUGUAUCACAGCACGUCAUCUUCGUACGGUGUGAAUAAUCAGCUGUUAGAUUCACGGGUCACCUGACUGACGCCUCAGUGUCUCUCAGUGACUGACACGUGUCUUCACACGAGGGACGGCUCAUAGCAACAAGAUCUUUAGGCCGUCACGAGUUUAACUGUCAGGUGUGACACUAGUGUUUAGCUUUUCUCUGCAGUAAGAAGUCGUUUGUAACAUUGAAGAACUUUUUCUUUUGUUCUGGGUUGAUUUUUUAUAUUUUUCAUUUCUUAUGUAUAUUUGUUUUUUAAGAAAAAUAAUAAAAUGGAAAAUUUUAAUCUG